GCGCCAUGAGGCUGGGCUGGCUCCGCGCCCUGCCCCGCCGCCUCUGGGGCGGCCCCGCAGCGCCGGAGCUCUGCCGCAGUUUGUGCCAGCGCCCCGCGCGUGUCCCCGCCGAGGGGAGCGACACCAACGAGGGCACCCCGAAACCUCGCAGAGCCCCGAGCCGCGACCCCGCCGAGGGCGACGGCCCGAGGGGCGACACCGCGGGGAGCGACACCUCGGGGGGUGACACUUCAGGGGGUGCCACCCCCAAGCCCCCCCUGCGCCGCCUCCUCCGCUCCCGCGGGUCGCACCACGAGCACACCCACACCGGCGGCACCGGCGGCACCGGCGGCCGCUCCGACCCCGGGGCCGCGUUCGAGGCGGCGCUGCGGGAGCUGUGCCGGGCCCCGCCGGGCCGCGGGGGCCGCCUGGCGCUGGUGGAGGCGGCGCUGGCGGCGCUGCCCGCGCUGGGCGCCGAGCGCAGCCUGGGCGCCUACAACGCGCUGCUCCGGCUGCUGCCCCGCGGCGCCUGGGUGCCCCGGGGCCCCGUGCAGAGGCUGCUGUUCCCGUUCCCGCGGCAGCAGGAGUGCGGGCUGCGCCUGCUCGAGCAGAUGGAGCAGUACGGUGUGAUGCCCGACGCAGAGACGCGGUUCCUGCUGCUGGGGGUGUUUGGGCCGCGCAGCCGGCCCAUGCGGAAGCUGCAGCGGAUGCAGUUCUGGCUGCCGCGCAUGCGGCACCUGGACCCCCACCCGCAGCCCCCCCGGCCGCUGCCCCCCGGGCUGGAGGCUGCACGGCUGGGGCUGCAGCGCAUGGCCUGCGACCCGGGGGCCGUCAUCAGUGUCAUACAGGCGCCAGUGCCGGACUCAGGGGAGGAUGAAGGCUCCGUCCAGCCCUUCAUCAUCAGCUCACAGUCCCCAGACCAGCAGGAGCUGCUGGCCCUGCACGGCCCCGCCCGCCCGGUGUUCGUGGAGGGGCCGUUCCCGCUCUGGCUCCGCGGGACCCUCCUCAAAUACUUCGUGCUAAGGGGGGACCCCCUGCCCCCCCACAUCAGGGACCCCCCCCCGGACCCCGAGCGCAGCUUUUACUUCCCCCUGCACCUGGAGCUGGAGCUGGAGCGCGGCCCCUGGGACGACGACGACUUCCACGCCGUGGACAGAGCGGAGGAGGGCCCGGUGCUGGCGCUGUGCGUGGCGGGGGGGGCCCCGCGCCCGGCCCUGGCCCGCUGGAUCGCGGCGCUGCAGGAGCGGAACCCGGCCCUGGCCGACACGCCGGUGAUCUUCCGCCUGACACCGGGGCUGGACACGGGGGCUGAGCCCCCACCGAGGGCCCGGCUGGGCCCGGGGAGCCCCCCGGGAACGGGGCUGGAGCCCCCCGAGGGGCGGGAGCCGGGGGGAGAGACCCCCGAAAACAGAGGGGAAUAA